UCAAACUCUAGAAAAGGAUGAACAGCAGGGCUGGCAACCACAACAGCCCCACCGGAUCCCAAGCUUGCGCCGCAUGUAAAUACCAGCGCAGAAGAUGCGCCCCGGAUUGUCCUCUCUCCCCAUAUUUCCCGCCCCAUCACCAAAAGGAUUUCCUCAACGCCCACAAGCUCUUCGGCGUCAGCAACAUCUUGAAGAUUAUCAAGAACCUCUCCCCCGCUGAGAAACCCAUCGCCAUGGCCUCCAUCAUUUUCGAAGCCAACGCCCGCGCCAACGACCCCGUCGGCGGCUGCUACCGCAUUCUCUCUGCCCUCAACCGCCAGAUCACCCACUACAAGGCCGAGCGCGACCUCGUCCUCCAGCAGAUCGCCAUUUGCCGCGCCACGCUCGCGGGUCCCGCUGCGAUUACUGCUCACGCCGCCCAGAACAUCGCCAUGGAUCCUCUCGGCUUUUAUGGCUUGGCUCAUUUCCCGACCGAUGAACAAGAACAAUGCGGCGUCGUUCCGGAUGCCUACCAGGAUUAUAACAACAACAACAACAACGUCCAUCCCCUCCAUUCCAUCAACAAAGAGGCGUCUACGUCGUCUUCUUUGUCCGAGGAUAUUAAGCCCCUUCUUGUGUUUGAUGAAAAGGAGGCUGCUGGUUUUGAUGCCAAGGACUCUGUUCAAUGCAGUGACAAGCUUGUGUUGAAAGAUCUUGACUCGAGCCAGCAAGAUCAAGAUCAGCAGGAUCUAAAGGGUGCAGCCUCUCUAUUUUCUCUCACAAAUAUUGAAGGAUGAGCUAAAGAUCGAGUAUAUAAAAAAAUUUCCAACAGGUCAGUCCAAUUUUAAGUAACUUCAUUUGUCGUGUAGAUAUCUAAAGAGAGCAAAUUCUUCUUCUUUUUUUUGGUGAGACAGAGUCGAGUUGUAUCACAGAAGUUGUAUCCUUAUGAGAUCAAAUAUUCCUUCUCUUUGUUUCCUUCGGUACUCCCCCAUCCCCUCUCUGUA